AAACAGCUGAGUGGACAAACACAAAAGUGAUUCAUACACUUUAGGAAAAACGCAGUAAAAUUGAUAAAGAAAGAACCGAGCUAAUUUCUUUAGCCGAGCCAAACAUUAUUUGUCAUUUCAAUUCGUAGUAAAAAGCUUCAAACUGGGUAACGACAUGUCUACAUCUUCAAUGGAGAAGCAUCUUUUCAACCUAAAGUUUGCUGUAAAGGAGCUGGAGCGCAACUCGAAAAAAUGCGAAAAAGAAGAGAAGCUGGAGAAGGCCAAGGCCAAGAAGGCCAUACAAAAGGGCAAUAUGGAUGUGGCACGCAUUCAUGCCGAGAAUGCCAUACGUCAAAAGAAUCAGGCUGUCAAUUACCUACGAAUGAGUGCUCGUGUUGAUGCCGUCGCAAGUCGUGUGCAGUCUGCGCUAACUACACGCAAGGUGACGGGCUCCAUGGCUGGUGUGGUUAAGGCUAUGGAUGCGGCCAUGAAGGGCAUGAAUCUAGAGAAAAUCUCAUCGCUCAUGGAGAAAUUCGAAUCGCAGUUCGAGGACUUGGAUGUGCAGAGCUCGGUAAUGGAAGGUACCAUGUCAGACACGGUGACCACAUCCGUGCCGCAAGGCGAUGUCGACAAUCUCUUGCAGCAGGUCGCCGACGAGGCUGGUCUAGAGCUUAACAUGGAGCUGCCCAGUGGUGUGCAGAGCACGACCAUUGGUGCUUCCACACAAGUGUCGCAGGAGCAGGACGAGUUGACACAGCGUCUGGCACGUCUGCGUCAGGCCGAAUAGGUGUGAAGCUGCAGCUACAAAUUAUACUUUUACACAACAACAUCUCCAUCUAAGAUACCCAAUGCCGU